AUGGCAAACCCCUUCAGCACCGCCCUCCGCUCCUUUUGGCAUACUAUGACGAGUAAUGAUAGGCACUCAACCUUUGAUUCCCCCCAACGAACUGGUCGUCACGUUCCUCUUCACAACGGCGGAAGCGGAAUGCUGACAGGCGUCGCUACUGCCUCGGACUCUCGCGCCGACAUAAUUUCUCCUUACGCGGACGACGGAGGUCGCAGCUCGCCCGUUCGCAAUGGAACUUCGAGUCCCAUCUCGAGAGGCUACUCCCCGGGAAUGCGCUCGCAGUCGGCACAGCGAGGUGACGGCUUCGAGGUCCAUAGCCCCGGCGAUGUUCCCAUGCAGGCUUUCCAAGAUGGUCUCCCUCCCCCGCCCCCCGUUCGCUACUCGUGGGAUCGCAUCGACUCGUGGGCCGAAGAGAAUUACACCGAGCUGUGGGACCAACUAGGUGAAGGCGCUACGACCAACGACCUCAACGAUCUGGAGCAUCAACUCGAUUGCUCGCUGCCACAAGACGUUCGCGAGUCGCUCAUGAUUCACGACGGUCAGGAGCGAGGAGGCAACCCCACUGGCAUUAUUUUUGGCUCCAUGCUGAUGGACUGUGAGGAAAUCGUACAGGAGUGGGAUCAAUGGAGACGAGUCAACCACCAGUACCUGUCGGACAACGCAGCACCUCCGAAGCCAACCACCCCCUCCAAGGCAUUUGCGGGCAACAGCGAAGCUUCCUCAUCAAAGCAACAAGCCCCACGGCCCUCGUCGUCGUCUUCAGCUAGUGACGGCGAGUGGAGACAAACUCUCCUCGCCCGCCAAGGCUCCGUCCCCGCGAACUCGGUUCAGAAGGCUUACGCACACGGCGGCUGGAUACCCCUUGUCCGGGACUGGGGUGGCAACAAUUUGGCCGUCGACUUGGCGCCUGGACCCAAUGGCCGCUGGGGUCAGAUUAUUCUGUUUGGACGAGACUAUGACACGAAAUACGUCGUGGCGAGGUCCUGGGCCGCCUUCCUCGCCUUGGUUGCUGAUGACCUGAACAGUGGCAAAUGGUUCGUGGACGAUGAGACUGGUGAGUUGAAAUUGCGAGAGUUUAAAGACGCACGAGUCGAGCCGGCCUAUUUCAGCAUCCUCAGGUGGAGAAUGGAUCAGAAACAUGGACGGCGGCCCGGUCCCAACAAGCGACAGUCGGUGGCCGCCGGAAAGACUUGCUCCCCUCUCGGCUCGCGUUCUGCCUCUCCUUACGGCAGCCCGGUCGAGUCCAACGGUGAUGCUCGGGGUAGAUCUUUGCAACGAUUAAGCGCCUCGUCACCCCUGGCAAGCCCCAUGAGAACCGGAGGAUACGGCAGAAACCCCUUGAGUAGAGUGACGGAGGAAUCUGCGUUUCCCGAGGUGCCGAGCGCCGAAAUCGAGCCCAGCACGCUGGUGGAGGUGGAAACUCCCGGCGAGUCUCGGGAGGCGGGUCUGCGAAUAACGAUGAUUGCGCGAACGGGGUCGGGUGUGCUCCAGGACAAGGAGAAUGAUGUUCCGGCAAAGAUGAACGGCAAGGCACCUGCAACCAUGGACGACACAUUGAAGACGAUUGAGAUUUGA